AGAGAUAUCAGAGGCAGUGAUUGACUGAGCACGUGAAAUACAAAACCUCAGAGUCUCGUGGUCUCCUUAUCUCUUUCCGCUACAAGAAGUUGGACCUGAGGCUUUUAACUUUGUGACAAUGUUUGACUUGAAGAAGAGUUACAGUCUGAUCGUGAACUGCAGCGCGGAGGAGUUCAGGCGAGCGGCGGUCAGGCGGAAGGUCAAAGGUGCGGAGGAGUGCGUAGCCUCAGACACAGUGAGCAGUGGAGUGUGUGGCUCGUACAGCUGUGACCGAGUGAGUGGAUCAGAACCAAACUCUAAGCCUGGGGCAGAGGAAGUCAAUGAAAGAAGCCCGGCUAAUGGAUCGCCUUUCAAACCACAAGUGCCUCCUAAACCAGCUCACCUCCAGAGCCCUCUGAGUGCAGGACAGGCUUUAUCCCAUAGCCCCCCUGCAAAGCUAAUACCUCAACAAGUGAACGGCAAAGAUCAAGACCGGAGUCCUAACAGAGGAGUGUGGUGUGUCAGCCCAGCACAGACCUGUGUAGGCUCUCCUAGUCCAAUAAGAGGAGCAGGGAACAGUUUGUUAAAUGUGUCUGGAGCACAUAUCAGCCCUGCCAGACUCUCUCCAGGGACUCUUAGAAGCAGUCCACUUUUAGGCUCUCCAAGUCCAGGCAAAAGAGGCCUUCACAGCUGCAGCCCAGCGAGGGAAGGUAGGCACAGCCCUGCUAAAUUGUCUCCAAGGAACCGCAGCCCGCUUUCAGGAUUACUGCGGACCCCCAGCCCUGUGCAGGGGAGAAUGGGAAGCUAUAGACCCGUCAAAAACUGUAAAUCGUGGCUAGGACUACACAGAAUCCCAAGUUGCAAGACGGAAGGAAAAGAGAAGAAACAGGGGAAAUCCCUCAGCGUGCCGGACUUGAUUGUUUACAUGGAUGAGAGCAGGAUUCUAACGGAAAAGGUUGAUCGCUCUCCUCUGCAAUCCCCCAACUGCAAAGGGCCAGUCAUCACCAUCAGAUCACCGGUUAACCAUGGACUCAGACACGCAGCAAGUGAAUCCCAUCUAUCGAGCAUUGGCAGAGACCAUUCCCCAGGACAAAGGAAUGGCAAAGUGCAGGGAAGAGAGGGCACAUUAAUAAAUGGGAACGGUUUCAAUGACAAAAUGGCAGAAAGCAAGAUACCCGUUGAUUAUGGCUCAAAGUCUUCCUGCCAGUGGAAUGAGCCAAAUACAGAAGUUGCCCGGAUCCACAAUGACUUUAAAGAUGAACAAUAUGAUGAAAUGAGAAAGGGAAGAGAAGAAGGCGAGCCUAAAAAUGAAGAAAACACAAAGCAGAAAUUGUACAAUAUAGCAAAAGAGCUGCUGCAGACCGAGAGAGCCUACGUGGCUCGUCUCUACCUGCUAGACCAGGUGUUCUGCUCGCGGCUCACAGAAGAGUCAGGCCGAGGCUCCUUUCCUCCUGACGCGAUAAGAAGCAUCUUCUCCAACAUCUCUUCCAUCUACUCCUUCCACAGCCAGUUCCUGCUGCCUGACCUGGAGAGCUGCAUCGGCCACUGGUGUGAGAGCCCUGGCCUUGGUACUGUCCUGCUGAAACACGCACCCUUCCUGAGGAUGUAUGCCAACUACGUCAGGAACUUUGACCAGGCCAUGGAGCUGGUGAGGACCUGGACUGAACGCUCCUCUGUCUUCAGAAACAUCGUCCAGGAGAUACAGAGUCAGGAGGAAUGUGGCAGCCUGACCCUGCAGCACCACAUGCUGGAACCGGUCCAGAGGGUUCCACGUUAUGAGAUGCUGCUCAAGGAUUACCUCAAGAAGCUGCCCAAGGAUGACCCAGAUUAUAGUCUUGCUCACAAGGCCUUGGAGUCUAUUUCCAUGGCAGCCACCCACUCAAACAGUGCCAUCCACAAAGCUGAGAGCCUGAAGCGUCUGCUGGAGAUCUCUGAGAUGGUUGGAGACGAGGAGGUGGUCAACCCCACCAACGAGUUCCUCAGGGAAGGCCGUCUGCUCAAGCUUGCUGCCAGGAACACCUCGGCCAUGGAGAGGCACCUCUUCCUGUUUAACAACUUCCUGCUGUGCUGCCUUCCAAAAUUCUCCCUUGUUGGGCAGCGGUUUAAUGUCCGCUGCAGGAUCGGAGUGGAUGGCAUGCAGGUGCAGCAGACCACCAAUGAAGACCACCUGUACACCUUCCAGGUCUCUGGGAAAGAGAGGAUCCUUGAGCUGCAGGCCAGCUCGGAACAAGACAGAGAUGAUUGGAUCCAGGUGAUUCAGGAGGCCAUUGACACGUUUCAGAAGAAAAAUGAAACCUUCAAAUUGGCUUCAAAGGAGAUAAAGGAAGAACAACCAAUGGAAGAACUUGGCCGGCGUGCCCCUCGCUGGAUCAGGGACAACGAAGUGACCUUGUGUAUGAAAUGCCAGGAACCUUUCAACGCGCUCACCAGGAGAAGACAUCACUGCAGAGCCUGUGGCUGUGUGGUAUGCUGGAAGUGUUCAGACAACAAAGUGCCUUUAGAGUACGAUGGCAACAAGCUGAACAAAGUGUGUAAAGCCUGCUACUCCGUCCUGAUGGCUCAGAGAGGGGAGAGUAUGGAGGGGAAGAAGAGGAGAACACUGGAGUCCGAGGCCUCCAUAGUGUCUAGAGAUUGCGUAAUGAGUGGCUUCCUGCUAUAUGGCGACAACCCUAAGACCUGUCAACAAGUGUGGUCUGUCAUCACCUGCAUUGAACCGCCAGUCCUCCACCUGUACACUGCUCCACAGGAGGUAAAGCCUCUAUCCAGUAUACCUCUGCUGGGAUGCAGUGUGGACGAUUCCCCUCAGAAGCUCCAGGGUCGGCCUUGUUUCUGUUUAAGACAAUCCAACACCACCCACACGUUCUCCUGCGCUGGUUUGGACCUCAAACAGAGCUGGCUGGCUGUUCUGAAAGCUGCUGUGACGGGAGGGCAGUGCACACUCAGAAGAUGUGUCAGUGAUGAAAGUAUGUGUCCUUCCGAGGAAUUUGUCAUCAUUGAAGACAUUGAUAACUCCUGAACGCUCAAGAACAGGGACUUUUGAAGGUAUAUGGGCACAGAACAGACAAAGGUCCAUUGAUGUUAGAGAUGGCUUUGAAAUGAACAUUUGAUGAAAUGUAUGAAAUCUUAAAGUAAUUAAGGAAUGUAAAUUGUGUUAAUAACAAUAUCCAGACAGUGUUUUCCUUAUAAGUGUCAUUGCACUUUAUUUCUGAAAUGGUUUACAGUAAAAUAAAUAAAGUGAAGGAAUUUUAA